AUGAAGCCAAAGUUUUCAAAACAAAAAUAAUUAUAAUGUUGCUCUUGGACUAAAUAAUAAUCCAUUACAAUAAAAUAGAUUUUACUCUCAAUUAAAAUGAGCUUAAACAAUGGUAAUAAUAAUAAUAGUGCCAUUUAUAUACGUGCUUGCCGAUCGUGCCUUAAUUCGAAGCCCACAAAUUAUGUUUUGCUUCAAAAUGAAUGGAUUGAUAUGUAUAAAGCUUGCAUAAAUGUUGAUAUUACAGACAAGGAACAAACUUUUGCUCUUUGUGACAACUGUAGCAUCAUACUGAAGCAAUGCUUUGAAUUCAAAGAGAAAUGCCUCAAAUCGGAAAUAUUUUGGAACACUCUGUCGGAUACAAAACCGAUAAGCACCACUAAUGAAGAUGAAUUUAAAAAAAUCAUAAAAGAAGCAAAUGUUAAUAUCAAAUCCGAAAAUUUCUCAAUUUGUGCGGAUACACAAGACUAUGAAGAUAAUCAAAUAGCCGGUGAUGACAUGGUAUUGGUAGUAGUAGCAAGUAAAGAAGAAUCUGAAAGUUUCAAUAAUGAAACUGAGCAAGUGAUACAAACCAAAGAUAAUAUUAAGAAUAAGAAUUCCGCUAGAGAAAAAGACCUUCCCAAAAAGAAGACAAAAGAAAAAAGUAAAGGGAAAUUUAUAGGGAAAUGUGAUAAAUGUUGUAGAAUAUUCAAGAAAAGGAAGACCAUUGAAGAUCAUUUUGCAUUACGGCUAUGUAAAAACAGUAAAUUUGAAGUAAGAUCAUGUGGUAUCUGUAACAGUCAGGAGGAUUUUAAAUCUGUAAAUGAAAUAAAAACUCAUUUAUUGGAACACUACAAGAAUAAUGACUUAGUCUGUGGAACUUGUGGCUUCACCGGGGAAGACUUUGCCGAUAUGCUGACUCAUAGACAUGAACAUCAACCAAACCAGAAGGCGGCCCAAACCGCCCUCCCCUGUAUAUUGUGCUCCAAGUACUGCCACGCUGUCCUGCGCGCCGAAUUCCAUUUUCGAAGGUUCCAUCUCAAAAAUGGCGGCAUCAAAUGCUCCCAUUGCAAGAAAAUGUACACGAACUUCAAAGCUUGCAUGAAUCAUCAGCGGGCUCAUUUCAAUGAGUAUCUUGAAUGCAAUGAGUGUGGCAAAAAGCUUAGAGAUAAAGAGCGCCUACAAGCACACAUAAGAGAUUUGCACAUGGCUCGAAAAAUUAUGUGUCAUAUUUGUGGCAAAUCUUUUGCGAGGAACAUGAGUUUAAAGUUGCACAUGUACAAUAUGCACACAUCCACCGAGAAAGUUGAGUGCGACCAUUGCAAUAAAGUGUUUAAAAACGAAAAAACAUUAAGGGCUCACAUUUUAAGGAUUAAGCGAGGAAGAAAACACGAGUGUAACUACUGCCAAAAAGCUUUCUACGGGGCUGAUGAGCUAAACCACCAUAUUAAAUCACAUACGGGUGUCAGGCCCUUUGAAUGUGAUAUGUGCAGUAAGAAUUUCAAAACACGAACCCGCUUGUCUGAACAUAAGAAACAGGUGCAUUUUACUCAUACUGUGAAAUGUGAUGAAUGUGAUAAAAUGUUUCCCACAGAGCGAGUUUUGAAGCGCCACAAGUAUUUCCACACAGGUCAGAAGCCGUACCCUUGUGACUCCUGUCAUAAAUCCUUCUAUAGCAAAAAGCAAAGGAGUGAUCACUGUGAGCGACACCAUUCGGGUAAAGUGUUUAAUAAGUUAUAGAGUUUUGUCGUAAACUUAAUUAGAGUUACAAUAGGUAAUUAUUUUUAUUGUAAAAUGAGUUGUCCGUAGAAAAUAAGUGUUUUUAUUAAUAACGACUGAACACAUGCAAUAUACCUAUUUUAUACCUCAAUUAAUUAAAUAAGAAAAGAACUGCUUUAACAUAAUAAUUAAUAAAAGCUUACUAUCAAAGAUC